GCAUUGGGUCGUGGAAGGAUGAUCCCAUAAUCCCAUUUCGCAUCGAAAAGGCAUUUUCUUCCUUGUUGCUGUUAAUCAACUACUCGUAUACUCAUCCUAUACUCAACAACAACGCGAAGAUUCAUUCAUGUAACACAUGUUCCAUUGCGUCAUACUUCAAUUUCCCUUCAAAUUCUUUAUAUUUUCCUAUCAUCUGACUCAUCAUCAUCAAUUUCAACUUCAACCUCUCUCGUUAAUUAAUUAAUCCAAAUCCAACUGUUCUCGAUUGUUUCAAUAACACACACUCUCUCUCUCUCAUCGUGAUCUUUCGAAAACCCUACUCUCUCUCUGAAGCUGCUCGUGUGUGGAUCGAGCAGUUUCAAUUUCGAUUCAUGAUGAAUUAUACUGUCCUCAAUUUCGCCUCUUGAUUCUCAUAACCAUGUGGUUUUCCUUCUGGAGAUCCAAAGAUCGUUUUUCCUUGGAUCAACUUAGGUACCUAGCUGAUCAGUUAACAAAAGUUCAUAUAGUUAAUGAGGUUAAUAAGGAUUUUGUUAUUGAGGCUCUGAGAUCAAUUGCGGAGUUGAUAACAUAUGGUGACCAACACGACCCAAGCUUUUUUGAAUUUUUCAUGGAAAAUCAAGUUGUGGGAGAUUUUGUACGUGUUCUAAAACUUAGCAGGACUAUUAGUAUUCCACUUCAGUUGCUACAAACUGUUAGCAUUAUGAUCCAAAACCUUCAAAGUGAACAUGCUAUAUACUAUAUGCUUAGUAAUGAACAUAUGAACUUCCUAAUUACAUACUCAUUUGAUUUCCGCAAUGAAGAGCUGUUGUCAUACUACAUAUCUUUUUUGAGAGCGAUAGGUGGGAAAUUAAACAAGAAUACUAUUUCUUUGCUUGUGAAGACCCGCAACGAUGAAGUAGUUUCAUUUCCACUAUAUGUUGAGGCAAUACGCUUUGCCUUUCAUGAGGAGAACAUGAUUCGUGCUGCUGUACGUGCUGUGACCCUUAAUGUUUACCAUGUUGGAGAUCACUCUGUUAAUAGAUAUAUAACUAGCGCACCUCACACAGAUUACUUCUCAAAUCUGGUUUCUUUUUUUAAGAAGCAGUGUCUGGAUUUAAACAAACUGAUCUCUGAUACGCUGAAAAAUCCAGUCCCAGAUUCAAAGGCUACCAUUACGGCUGCUGUAGAUGAAAUUGAGGAUAACCUAUAUUACUUUAGUGAUGUGAUCUCUGCGGGAAUUCCUGAUGUUGAAAGGUUAAUAACAGACAGCAUUUUGACGCAUCUGAUUUUUCCAGUACUUCUUCCUUCCCUAAGGAUAGUGGCUGCUAAUGGUAUACAAAGCGAUGUUGUCACUUCUCUCUACUUACUUUGUUGCAUCUUGAGGAUAGUCAAGAUCAAAGAUUUGGCAAAUACAAUAGUUGCUGCACUUUAUUAUCCCUUAGAGUCCCUUACAAAAUGUUUUGGGGGUCAAGACAAUGGAAUGAUACCUGAUCAUGGUUUUACUUCUGAAGGCGAUGGGAUAGCUAAUGAUAGUCUCGCCAAGGAUAAUAAGAAAGGCUUGGUAGUCAAUGUUCCAUGCUCACCUAGUUCUUCAGGUUUUCAUCCACAGAGUAUCACCAUGCUAAAUAAUGGUAGCAGUUCAAAUGUGGCUUUGAGGGAAGUUUUGCUUGAAUAUGUAACUGACGGGGCUGAUUUACAAGUUUUUGGUUCCUUGAGUGUGCUUGCCACUCUGCUGCAAACUAAAGAACUUGACGAGUCAAUGCUAGAUGGGCUUGGAAUUCUUCCACAACGCAAACAGCAAAAAAAACUCUUAUUGCAAGCUUUGGUUGGUGAGGCUUCAGAGGAAGAACAACUUUUUUCUUCUGAAACUAGUUUGACAAGAGAUGGCAUUGCAUGUGAGCUUGAUGUUUAUCUUGAAAAGAUCAAGGAGCAAUAUGGGGUAUCUUUUCAGCUUCCAAAUGUGAUACCAAGCCCUCGUGUACCUAGAUUUCAGGUGCUAGAUGCAUUAGUGAGCCUCUUUUGCCGUUCUAAUAUAUCUGCAGAGACACUAUGGGAUGGCGGCUGGCUUUUACGCCAGUUGUUUCCUUACAGUGAGUCAGAAUUCAACAACAACCACCUCAAAUUGCUGAAAAUUUCAUACGAGAAUUCUGCCUGUGCUCUUGAAAAGGAAGUUAAAGGUUUCUGGCCUGACCUUCUUAUUACCGUUCUUUGUGAUGAGUGGAGAAAGUGCAAAAGAGCAAUGGAUUCCUCAUCCCCUCCCAAAGAACCGAAGUGUAUGCUUUUUCCGCCUAGGAUGUUCUUUUCAGAAGAAGAUAUACCUGAGGGAUCAUCAUUUACUGCUGGAGAAAGAAUGCACGAGUUGGUGAAGGUAUUUGUACUUCUGCACCAACUUCAGAUAUUCACUCACGGUAGAACUUUGCCUGAGCAACCUCUUAUUUAUCGUCCUUAUGAUCAUCGUAUGGAUUCUCGAGCCCAGAGUUCUGGGCUUGUGUCAGUCCCAAAGCCAGGCACCGAAAUGAACCUUGUUAAUGCCGUGCCUUGUAGAAUUGCUUUCGAGAGGGGCAAAGAGCGCCAUUUUUGUUUUCUAGCAAUCUCUGUAGGAACAUCUGGUUGGCUUGUGCUUGCAGAAGAAUUGCCUCUGAAGAAGCCCUAUGGAAUUGUUCGGGUUGCUGCACCUUUGUCUGGGUGCAAUCCCAGGAUUGAUGAUAAGCAUUCAAAAUGGUUACACCUGCGGAUCCGGCCUUCUGCUUUACCUUUUCUGGAUCCUGUCAAGUACAGUCCACAAGGGAAGUUAAAGACAAAAGCUUUUGUUGAUGGAAGAUGGAUAUUGGCGUUCAGGGACGAGGAGUCUUGCAAAACUGCUUUUCUCAUGAUUCUUGAAGAGAUUAAUUAUCUAUGCGACGAGGUUCAUAGAAGAAUAAAACCUUUGCUGAAGCUUGAAACCGUGCUAGACAUAUCAAGUUCGUCUGCUCCUGUUUCAGAGGAUUCCUCUUCACAUACAACACCUCCCCAUUCAUUGUAAGUUUUUGACUUAAUUUAUAAUAAUAGGAUGUUUACUCCAGGGGUGCGAAAUUAUUAAGUCUGUCACCCUUUUGUAUAUGCUCCCAAAAUACAUACCAGAUUUGUAGAUUAGAAAUUGUGGCUUAGUGUCAUUCUUUUUGUAUACUAGUCUUUCUUUUCUUGAUUUGUAAAUUUACCCUUUUGUCCCAUUCUUUAGGAGCUCUAACUUAGGCCCCAUAUUUUUUCUUUUAUAUUAUACAUUUGUAAUCUCUGUAUCAAAUGUAAAUUUGAGGGAACUCCUUGUUCAGACA